UGAUCAUGUUGAAGUAAUAUUUCCUGAGUUUGUGACUCGUGUCGUGUGUCACGCAAGGCGCGUGCAGACGCAAUAACAGUUUGCGCUCAGCAGCAUCUGAUACGACUGUUUAUAGAGCUAAAAAUACACACGAGAACCUCAAGACACAUCACAUUACAAGUGCUGCCAUGAUAGAGAUUCUAUCAGAUGAUAACACCAUUGCACGCACACUGAAUGAUCAGCCAUAUUCAUGUAUCGUGGAAUUUUGGGUAUUCCAAUGUAGUUUUUGGAUCAUGGAAUUACCAUGGAGCAUUUUUAAAGAUUUAUUAGCAUGCAGAAACGGUGCCAUGGUGCUCGCAUUGUAGACGGAGGCGUGUCGUGUCUGUGGGUGAAAGUUUUCUUCAGUAUCUGGUUUAUUUCAAGAGUCACAGACCAUGAGCGCUUCAUUCUGGAUCUAUUUUACCCUCAUCUCUGAGGUCUCAUCCGUCCCCUUUUUAUGAAUUGGUCAUGUAGUCUAAACUGAUUCAGUGGAUUCUAUUUCGAAAGAGUUGAGAAGAUUUUGGAGGUUUGGAUGAUGUUUUUAAUAACACUUUUAUCCGCUUUUGUCCUGUGUGGAUCUCAAUACUCCAGUGACCAGUGCAACUGGAGAGGAAGUGGUCUAAUGCACGAGUCUCACGCACGGGAUGUAGAGCAGGUAUAUCUGCGCUGUGCUGAAGGUUCCUUAGAGUGGCUCUAUCCUACAGGAGCCAUCAUUGUCAACCUCAGGCCCAAUCUGCAGUCGAGGCCUGGCGGAUACCUCCAUGCCUGCAUCAAACCUCGGGCAGACUCGCAGGGGGCCUCGCUGUAUGUGGAGCGAGCCGGAGAGCUGAGACCGUUGCUUUCCGAAGCAGAGCAGGCCGCCGGUCGCGUGCGCUGUUUUAGUCUCCAGGAGGGGGCGCUGUUUGUGGAGUCGUCCGCUCUGCAGGACAUCAGCAAGAGAAUCACGGCGUUUCAGUAUCAGCUGAUAUCAACAGAGACACCAGAGGACGAGCUCUACUUGCCUACAGCUGCAUGCCGACCUUGCACUGAUCAAGAGGUGUUAAUGGCUCUCUGCACCAGUGACUUUGCGGUGCGUGGCAGUAUUCAGAGCGUUGAGGAGGAGCAUGAUGAAGAUCGGGCAUCGGCCGUGGUGUCACUGAGUCACGUGUAUCGUCAGAAGAGUCACUUGUUCGUGUCCGGUGGCGGGGGGCGUGGGCGCGGUCGCUGGACAGGUCGCGUGAAGAUUCCCCAGCAGUGCGGCCCACAGGCGGGACAGGGCGAGUUUCUUUUCACGGGAGCGGUGAGAUUUGGAGAAGCAUGGCUGGAAUGUGCUCCACAUUAUAAUGACUUCAUCAAACUCUAUCAGUCAGCUCUGGACUCAGGAACAAACCCCUGCCAUAUAGACACAGACUGAGAACGCUUGCACAGAGCUGCAAACACAAUGCUGAAGACAAAUCGAGAUUUUGGGUGAAUCUGUAAAGGACCUGUUUCUUCCUCACUUAAAGUGGUCUGACUUCGGAAACACAUGACCAGAACGUACUUUACCCCAUUAUGAAAAGCGAGAAAUAAGUAAUUAUAUUUUUCAUGAAGAAAAAUAAAACCUAUUUUUAGACACUGACAACAUUUUUAUGACAAUUAAAACCCAAUUCUUACAGUAUUGGAAAAAAAAUCUUAUUCUCAUUACUGUUAAACACACACACACACACACACACACACACACACGCAAAAAUUGAAAUAUAACUUUUUUGUAAUGCCUAUACUGAUCUAAUCUAUGCUGAUUUCAAUGUAAUCAUCACUGAGUAUAAGAAAUCACCAUUGAAUAUAUCUAUUAAAAGUAAAACUUCUGGAUGCAUUACUACAGAGGCUAUAUUAUUUUCUUAAAUAGCUUUGCGUUCCCUUACAAUUAUUUUGGGUUCCUUUGCAAAACUAUGGUAAUAACAAUCAUAAUCAAUCUGCAAAAAAAAUAAAAUAAACAUGGUUACUUCAGUUUUACUAUAGUAAGACCUGGUUAAUUUGAAAAUUUGGUAGAAACCAUUUUUUUUUUUUAUGGUGAUUUUUAUUACCAUAGUUUUACUAUGAAUAUCAUUGAUUAAAUAUGGUUACUGUAGUAAAAUCAUGGUAAAUGUUGUGCUUACUAUAGUUUUAAUACAAAUACUAUAGUUAAACUUUGAGUACUCUAGUAAAACUGUGGUUAAUUUUCAUUAGGGAUGAGUAAAGCUAUUGCAAAGGAACCCAAAAUAAUUGUGAAGGAACGCAAAACUAUUUCAGAAAACGAAUUCCCUUCCUGUCCAAGGCGCUCUAUACGUUACAUUACUGAGAAUACUGGGGGAAAAGAGCUUAACUGUCAUUAAAAAAAGGGCUUCAUGUUAUUUACUGUAUGAAAAACAUAACUUCUUAUUUCUUUUUGAUUUUUGGGGUGAAAUAUGACCUGAACAUGGUCAUGACAGGUUUCAUGAGAUUUAUCGCUUUAGUAAAGUGGUUCUGAUGGAGCGGUUGGAUCUCAAGUGUGAGAUAAACACUGAUAAAUCCACUCUGAAGUUGUUCUCCUUGGUUACAGAAGUGUAGUUGUUUGUUCCUGUUGCCUGAUUUCUCACAUCUGAAAGUGAUACUGAGAAAGUUUGUUGUAACUCUUUUGUGGAUGCACGUGAGUUUCUGUGUAUCUGUCAACUCUUGCCUGCACGCAUGUGCCGGAGGAGGUCGCAAUGCUUUUGUUAAAAGCUUUGUUUAUAGUUAGAGCGGUCAAUUCUUCUGACUGAGUUCUUGAACGGUGUGUUUAUGGGUAAGUUUGUACGUGUACAUGUGCAUUUUGUGUAUAUGUUGUAUUUGUGUAUGAGUUGUAUUGUUCUGUUGCAUCAAAAUGAGAUUCACAUUUCUGAGGAAUUAAACACUCUUAAUGUAAACA